GGGAGCAGGCGAGCGGGCGGGCGAUGCCGCGCUGUUGAGCCGCUGCUGCCGCCCUUGCCGAGUCGCGCCGGCUGGGCCCCGUGAGCCAUGGUGCCGGGGCUCCCGCCCGCGGGCUGCCGCCUAUGGGCCAGCUGCGCCUGAUCGGCUGCCGUCUCCCCGAUGCCCCCGGCGCCCCUGCCUCGCCGCCGCCGCUGCUCCUCCCGCCGGGGCGAAGGAGGCUGCUGCUGCUGCUGCUGCUGCUGCUCUUCACUAUGCUCGCCUUGUGGCUCUGCAUGGUGUACUCGUGCGCCGCCGGGUCGUGCGCCGCCGCCACGCCGGGGCUGCUGCUCCUGGGCUCCUCGGCCCCCGCCCGGCGCGCGCACAGCCCCGCGGCCCCCAAGUUGCUGCUGCUGCGGCCGCCGACCUCCAAGGGCCAGCUGAGCCUGGAUCCGGACACCGACGAGGACGACGAGGACGACGGCGGCGACGGGGCGGCCCCGGACUCCCCCAGCCCCAUUUCCAGCUUCCUGAACGGCGCCGGCACCAAGCGGCUGCCCCAGGCGGUGAUCAUCGGCGUAAAGAAGGGCGGCACCCGGGCGCUGCUCGAGUUCUUGCGGGUCCACCCGGACGUGCGGGCGGUGGGCGCCGAGCCCCACUUCUUCGAUCGCAAUUACGAGCGGGGACUAACCUGGUACAGAGAAUUGAUGCCAAGAACUCUGGAUGGGCAGAUCACCAUGGAGAAGACGCCCAGCUACUUUGUCACCAAGGAAGCCCCGGCUCGGAUCUCUGCCAUGUCGAAGGGCACCAAGCUCAUUGUGGUGGUGAGGGAUCCGGUCACCAGAGCCAUCUCGGACUACACGCAGACGCUGUCCAAGAAGCCGGACAUCCCCACCUUCGAGAGCCUGACCUUCAAAAACAGGACUACAGGCCUGAUUGACACCUCCUGGAGUGCCAUCCAGAUCGGCAUUUACGCCAAGCACCUGGAGAACUGGCUCCUGUACUUCCCCAUCGGGCAGAUCCUGUUCGUCAGCGGCGAGAGGCUCAUCAGCGACCCCGCCGGGGAGCUGGGCCGCGUGCAGGACUUCCUGGGCCUCAAGCGGAUCAUCACGGACAAGCACUUCUACUUCAACAAGACCAAGGGCUUCCCCUGCCUGAAGAAGGCCGAGGGCAGCAGCAAGCCCCACUGCCUGGGCAAAACGAAGGGGCGGACCCACCCCAACAUCGACCAGAGGGUGGUGCAGCGGCUGCGCGAGUUCUACCGGCCCUUCAACAUGAAGUUCUACCAGAUGACUGGGCACGACUUCGGCUGGGAUUGAGGCUGACGCAGCAGCACUUGCCAGAGUUCAUCCUGUCUUUCCGCUUGCUUCUCCCUAUAUAUGUAGAUAGGUCUAUAUGUAAAAUGUACAGAAAUCUAUUUUAUAAUAAUUUAUUUUUAAUUCCUAAGCAAUUAAUUCACUAAGCUGCCUAACCACACUGUAGCUCAUAGCUGUGUUGUCGUCCUUAACAUUCCACAGUGCUGAAUCUCGCUGUGCUCGUGUUCUUUGGUUGCCUGGUUCAGUUUGUGCUGGAAAGUGCCUCCAGGUGCUUUCCCAAGAGGAAUGCUAUUUCUUUUUAAGGCAGGUGGGUAAGGGAGAAUGAGAAAAGCACAAUUUUUUUUCCAAUACGGGUACUAGGCAUAUUGAAAUUUCUUUUGUGCGAGGCCCUUCAGGCAGCACCUCCCAUCUCUUUCUCUUCCGAGGUCAAUCCACUCACAGUCCAGUUUUCAUUGACUCUGUAAUCAAGUAGGUUUUACGAAGGGUUUUAUGGAACUCACACGUGCAGAGCCGGCUUCAUGUAGCAGCUGCCUCUACCGGUGGGUGUGGUGGGGGCGCCCAUGUGUCGAGGGAUGCGCUCGCCAGCCAUACAGCUGCCGCUGCCGGCUCUCCAGAUAUGAGACGUGUUUGCCUUGGUGUCUAGAGCUCUUCCUCCUUGCAGAGACUUUUGUACAAGCUGAGGUUUACUGCCUGGAUGCCUACAGUUUCUCUUAUCUCCUUUCCCUGUAAACAGAUUUCCUGGGCUGAGAACUAUGCAUAUUUUGUCCGGCUUUAACUUGGCCCUGUAGAAAAAUGUGAAGUGUUUACUUGGAACAAUUAAAUGUCACACCUCCUUCUCUCUCUCUCUCUCUUUCCACCCCCCUCUUUUUUUUCUUUUUCUUUUGAGCUUGGCUUUCUUAAGUGGCUCUGAAUUUAGGCCCAAAGUACAGUGCUGUGAAUUGGCUGUUGGCACUGAGCUGAAAGCGUAUGUGUUACAUUGUACUGUGUGUGCGAGUGUGUAUGCGUGCGUACAUGCACACAGUUGAUGAAGCCCAUUAAGUGAGUCACAUUGCGAGAAGCCUGGGUGUUGAUGCAAGUAUCAUCCCUUUUCCAAAGCUCACCAAAGAAUUCCACCAAUUCUGCAGCAGACUAUCAAUCCUCUUAUUUUCCCCCCUCACGCUGUCUUGGGAUGAAAAGAGUGCCAUAUCUUAAAGGAGGGGGUGACAAACUCGGCUGCCUCUGCUGUUCCCCAAAUUGGUUUUUUUUAAUGGUGCUCUGUAGCAAAUACAGAAUUCUAAAACGGACAAAUUGAAACUGUCUGCAAACGUGCUAAGUAUAUCUGCUUUAGUGCUACUGAGUCCUGCUGAAGUUUGCUGCUAAAUUUUCGUGGCAAACCAGCUUUUUUCCCCAUACCCAAUACAGCCCAUGCAGAUGGGUCCUGAGGGAUGCCGAAAUGUCUCCUGGGCAUCCUGCAGUUGUUCACCACAUCCCAAAGUUUGGCACAUUUAACAAGAAGAACAAACUGCCCACCCACUUUCUUGUGGCAAGCCCAUGACGGAGCACGAGGGUUGGUUACGCCUGCCCCGAAACAGGUGAUGUGCCACAGAACUGGACUGCAUCUUUCUCUGUCAAAAUUCUGGGGUGUGCGCAUAGCACAGAUUCACAAGUACUCUGAAUUCAUACAUACAGUGAAUUGCUCUGGAGUAGAUGUCAGAUUUCUUUUUAUGCUGAGAAGUAAUCAAUUACUAACUGAUUAAAGGCAAGGUUUAUCAGAGGGCUAUAUGCAAACCCUGUGUGUGUGUGCGCGCAUGUGUGCGCACGUGCAUGUGUAAACUGUGUGUACACGUGUGUGUGGAAUUUCAGAGGUGCAUCCUGGGACUUGUGGUGUUUCCUGCAGCACCUGCUGGUGAAGCCGCGUGCUAGGAAAAGCCACUGGAACCUGCACGUCGCUCCCUUGGGUCGCUCCGGCCACACUGCUUUCUGGCAUUGUCCAUCCCUGAACGGCACCUGCUCCAGAUGGGGCCUCCCCUUCCUGGCUCGCCUGCGCUUCCUUGCGGGGUUUCUCCGCUUCCAUAGCAGAGCGCUGAGCCUGGUGCUUGGCCGAGUGGCCUUCUGCCCUGAGUCAGUGGUGCAGUGAAGGCAGAGCUCACAGGGUGCCCCGUUGAUGGGCUGAGCCACGUUCCCCCCCCCCGGAAUUUCCUGCUCCCCCUGGAAGCGGCUGCAGCCCGCACGGUAGCGGGUGGGCGUGAGGGGAGGAGCAGGUUGGGCUGGCAGCACCAUAUUGCUGUGAGCCAUGCCUGUCAUCAGGCAAAGCACUGGGAGGGGGCUUGGUUAAAGACCCCGAGCUUUGCAGAUGGGCUGCUCCUGGUGGAGGGGGAGAUGGCUAGGGCUGGGUUGUUGAUACGGGGCCACGCUGCUGCCCGCCCGCCCGCCUGCCCAUUUGGAGUGCCCUUGGGGGUGUGGCUGUGAGGGGUGCCCUGUAAGACUCCAUACUUCAGAAAGCCCCCCCCCCCCCCACACACACACCCCUCCUCGGACCGGGCUCGGCUCCUGAUGCCUCCGGCUGCACAGACCUUAUUUGCAUUGUGUCUCUACCAGCCCUGUUCGUUUGGGAAACAAGACAGCUGAGCAACAUGUCCCAGCGCUAAACUUUUGAGCGAGCUGCUGAUCGGGGCCGAGCGGCCCAUGUGAUGGAAGUCUUAUGAAACCAAUUCAUUGAAAAGGCCUUACCUUAUGGUAGCCAUGAAGGGCACCAUAUCAUAUGAUACAGAAAGUGCUGACUCAAACCUCAAUACGAUGCUUUCACUAUUCUGUUGGUUCACUAGAGGGUACCCUGUCAAAACUGAGAGGUGUGGCUAGACCUUUUUUCACAUUGUGACAUUAAUUUAUGGCUGAGUUCCAUUCAGCAAUGCAGUAUGUCCAGAUAUUAGCAAUAUUUUGUGUGAGUGUGUUUGCUGUAACAUGGUACAUCUUAGGCUAGUAUACUUGUAAAGGAAAACAAAUGGCAAGCAAAAACUGUAAAUUGAAUUAUUUUGUGGUAUGUACAACACAAAUUAAUUUUACACAGAGGUUUCUAGGAAAAUGGAAUUCUGAUUCAUACUAUUUCUUUGAAGAAAUAAAAUAUAUUUUACCAAAA